AUGAUCGAUUUAAAUAAGUUAGUUGAUUACAUGCCCUUAAUUUUGAGGCUUUAUUUCUUAGUUCUAUUUGGAUUGUAUAGCUUUACGUUUGCAUUAUGGCUCUUAUAUGCUUAUCGUGUUGAUGUCUUUGCUUUGCUAAACAAUCCUCUUCCAGUUAAUCGCCUCAAUCAAUAUCAGGCCCCUCUAUAUAGACUUACUUAUAAGCUUUCCAUAAUUGGAACAUUUCUCUUUGUUGCUGCUGAGAUUAUUUAUGUAUUAACCGAAUCAUCUGAGCUGUCCUACAUUCCUGUUGCUAUAUUCUGUGUCAUUAUCUUUAUGCCCGUGCGUAAAUUGCAAUACUUUCAGCGAAAGGUGUUUAUUCGACAAUGUCUACGAAUUUCUACCGGAAAAUAUGCCGUGGAAUGCAAAUUCCCGGAUAUUAUUUUCUCUGAUUUACUCACCUCGUAUUCUCGAGUUAUUGCUGACUUAUGGCUCGCAGGUGCUAUUCUCAUUUAUAUCGUAGGUAAGCCUACAAGUUCGCGAAGGAAGGAACUGGAAAAUGAAGCUAUAAUGUCCUUAAUUGCCGCUUACCCUUAUGCUAUACGCUUUCGUCAAUGUCUCAUUGAACGUGCUCAUGCUGAUAAUGAACAAGGACAAUUUUGGAGUACAAUGAAUGCUAUUAAAUAUUUAACUGCGUUUCCCGCCAUCUUCUUAGGUAUUGUUGGAAAUCAGCGUAUGACUUUUAUGUGGUUUCUAUGGAAUGCUUCGUCCGCCAUUAACUCAACCUACUCUUUUUGGUGGGAUGUUUCUCAGGAUUGGAAUUUGGAUUUUUUGAAAGAUCCUUUAAAUGACAAAAGCUGGAAGUUUCAAACUCGGCGGCCGUUCUCUAUUGUCGUAUACAUUUUUUUUAGUGCUCUUGAUUUCAUUUUACGGAUGUCUUGGGUCGUAAGAGUCCUUUCUGAAAGACACACCAGCUUUUUUGCAACUGAUUUUGGAAUCUUUUUGAUGCAGUUCCUUGAAGUAUUUCGAAGAUGUAUUUGGGUUUUUUUCCGGAUUGAAGCUGAAGCUUCAAAGACCAUGGCUUACUUGAGUGUACACGGUUUUAAUGAUGAUGCUCUUUCUCAUCCCGAGUAA